UUUGUUUGUUUUACUGUUUGAAUGAGACGGAGGAAGAAGGAGGAAGAAGACUCACCGGAGUGACGGUUGAAGUCUUGAGCUGGCAACAUGACACCAACCGCCGUAACAACUGUUUCUAACUAAAGUCUGAUAAACGUUGUCAAAGUUUCAGAGCUGUGUUACCCUCAAAACUCGGUUUAUAAAGCGAGUUUUUAAAGGCAGGCUCACUAGACAUCCAGUAAACGGCAGCGAUGUCUCAGUCUGGAGAGAAAGGGAAGUUCCCAGAAUCAGCAGGUUAUGUAGGGUUUGCCAACCUCCCGAACCAAGUGCAUCGAAAAUCAGUGAAAAAAGGGUUUGAAUUUACCCUCAUGGUUGUAGGGGAGUCUGGUUUGGGCAAAUCAACACUUAUAAACAGCCUGUUUCUCACUGAUCUCUACCCUGAACGCUACAUCCCUGGUGCCGCAGAGAAGAUUGAGAGGACGGUGCAGAUUGAGGCGUCAACUGUGGAGAUCGAGGAGAGAGGAGUGAAGCUCCGCCUCACCGUGGUCGACACCCCUGGAUAUGGCGACGCCAUCAACAGCCAGGACUGCUUCAAGACCAUCAUCCAGUACAUCGACAAUCAGUUUGAGCGAUACCUCCACGAUGAGAGCGGCCUGAACCGAAGACACAUAGUGGACAACAGGGUGCACUGCUGCUUCUACUUCAUAUCUCCGUUUGGACACGGUCUGAAGCCUCUGGAUGUGGAGUUUAUGAAGGCCAUCCACAGCAAAGUCAACAUAGUCCCAGUCAUUGCCAAGGCCGACACACUGACACUGAAGGAGAGGGAUCGCCUGAAGAGGAGGAUCCUGGAUGAGAUCGCAGAGCACGGGAUCAGAAUUUAUCAGCUACCUGACGCCGACUCUGACGAGGAUGAGGAGUUCAAGGAGCAGACCAGAGUCCUGAAGGCGAGCAUUCCCUUUGCUGUGAUUGGCUCCAACCAGCUGAUUGAGGUGAAGGGGAAGAAGAUCCGUGGUCGUCUCUACCCCUGGGGAGUUGUUGAAGUGGAGAACCCCGAGCACAAUGACUUCCUCAAACUACGCACCAUGCUUGUGACCCACAUGCAAGACCUCCAGGAGGUAACUCAGGAUCUGCACUAUGAGAACUUCCGCUCAGAGAGGCUGAAGAGAGCGGGCAGGGCUGUGGAUGAGGAAGUGGUGGAUAAAGACCAGAUCCUGCUACAGAAAGAGGCCGAGCUGAGACGCAUGCAGCAGAUGAUUGCUCAGAUGCAGGCACAGAUGAAGAUGAAAUCAGAUGAGUGAAAGAGUCACAGCAGAAGGGAAACACGAUGAUCCUAACCCUCUCAUCAUACACACACACCUGGUCGUCCUUUGAAUCCAUCCAUCCCUGCCUGCCGCCACGCUGCAGAUCCACCAGGAGUCCAGGUAUCCAGGAUCUUUAAUCUGCACACCACCACCUCUUCAUCCUCUUCUUCUUCUUCUCUACAAUCAUCCAUCCAUCAGCUGUUCAGGAGCUUCUUGAACAUCUUGACUCCACCUGCAAUCCACAUAUAGAUCUCGCUGUUUAUCUUAUUUUGUGUUUGCUGAGUUGGACCGCAAAAAAUUUACAAAGCGGUGAACGUAAACAUGUUUUAAUACUGGAUGAUUAUCAUAAUUCAUAUCUGUUAUCUAGUCUUUAAUCUUAAUUAUGACUCCACAGAGCCGCCAGUGACCAUGGUACUAAGAGGUUUUGCCAUCACACUAUCAUGUUUACAAAUAUAUAUAUAUAUAUAUAUAUAUAUAUAUAUAUAUAUAUAUAUGAAUUGUGUAUUGUAUUCAAAUAGAUGGCACCAUUUUCCAGUUAUUUUGCUAUCAGAUUAAGACUGUUUUGAACAUAUUUUAACU